AUGUCCCAAGACUUGUCCCGAUUCCCACCCAACAGCCGUCUCGGUAAUACAGAUAACAACAAUUCCUACGUGGGCCACAUGUGCUACUGCCCAAUGCACCUCGACCUCUCCACACCCAAAUCGUCCGUAGCAGACUGGGUCGGCUCAGGCCUCUCUCUCCUCCCCGGCCACCCCGUCUCACUCGUGACUUUCAAGGACGGCGCGUCGACUCUUUUGUGUGGCGGCUGCGGUGUGAACGCGGUCAGUGCUUCUGUGGGCGACCGUGAGCCUGAGAAGGGGGAAGCGAUUUUUGGGACUGUUACCCGGGACGAUAUGGAGACCGCUGGUAUCUAUGAAGACUACAGAAACACGUUUCGGGAAGCAGCCUCAAUCACAAGGGGUGCUGUAGACCCAAAUGGAGAGCUGUACCCAUGGACGAUUGACAACCCCGUCUUCGAGGUCGACAAAGACUCCUUCAAAGACGGAGCCAGUCUAACUAGCGCUUGGCAAGAGUACACCCGACAUCAUCCGGUAGACCCAUCGCGUAGACAGAUCGCUCUGGGAAUGGCCACCCACUAUGGAAUGAUGACCGGCAGGCGUGGCGGCUGA